CAGAUGCACUCGGCCCUGACGUACGAGCCGGUCGCCCGGUGCUCGNNCGGUCUCAAGCCUGGCCAGGCUACCCUCGACGCCAUUGGCGGUGCCCACAAACUGCAGUCAUGGCCUCACAACAUCCUCACCGACAGUGGAGGCUUCCAGAUGGUCUCGCUGCUCGAACUGGCCACCGUCACCGAAGAAGGCGUCCGCUUCUUGAGUCCCCACGAUCGAUCUCCCAUGCUGUUGACCCCUGAACACUCCAUCUCGCUGCAGAACAGCAUCGGCUCGGACAUAAUCAUGCAGCUCGACGAUGUCAUUGCCACCACCUCGCCAGACCACGCACGCAUUCAAGAAGCCAUGCACCGCAGCAUCCGCUGGCUGGACCGCUGUAUAGCCGCCCACAAGAAGCCAGAAUCUCAAAACCUGUUUUGCAUCAUCCAGGGAGGCUUGGAUUUGGAGUUGAGGAAGGAAUGCUGUAAACAGAUGGUGCAAAGAGAUACCCCGGGCAUUGCAAUAGGAGGACUCUCGGGCGGAGAGGCCAAAGAGGAGUAUUGCAAGGUCGUCAGCACAUGUACAGAUUUGCUGCCGGAUGACAAGCCUCGCUAUGUCAUGGGCGUGGGAUACCCGGAAGACCUGGUUGUCAGCGUUGCUCUAGGCGCAGACAUGUUUGACUGUGUAUGGCCCACGCGCACUGCACCANNGCGCUUCGGCAACGCCAUCACCUCCACCGGCGUCCUGAACCUCCGCCACGCCUCCUACGCCGACGACUUUUCUGCAGUCGACCCACACUGUACCUGCACAAUCUGCCGCCCCACCUCCUCUGGCGGUCUAGGCUUGACUCGCGCCUACGUUCACCACGUCGCCGCCAAGGAAACCGCCGGCGCACAUCUGUUGAGCAUACACAAUGUGCACUAUCUGCUCGACCUGAUGCGUCGCAUCCGGGAAGCCAUCAUUGCAGACACCUACCCUGUGUUUCUGCGACAAUACUUUGCGACCUUGUAUAACGGCGACAAGAGCAAAUAUCCUGCGUGGGUUGUCGAGGCGCUGAGAGGCGCGGGUGUUGAUUUGAUGCAAGAUUAA